CAUUGGCUAUUUUGAGCAACAGUUGGCGAUGUUGCAGCAGCUCAGUGGCAACGAGGCCGUGCUGGACCGUGGUCGUGCUUAUGGGAACUUGGGAGACUGCUAUGACUCGCUGGGAGAUUUUGAAGAGGCAAUUAAGUAUUAUGACCAGUAUCUCUCUGUGGCACAGAGCCUCAACCAUAUGCAGGACCAGGAGAAGGCAUACAGAGGUCUUGGUAAUGGACACAGUUGCUUCAGUCUGAUAGAGGCACUAACUGUAUCAGGCGACAUGAGGACUGACACCUUGAGGUCAACAGGCGGACACUGAACGCUCUCACGACAUGCAACAGAUUGAAGAUGGAAUUGUUUUGUAUCAGAGCAUGACCCCACCUUCAACAUGCAUGCUGAAAUGACAGUAUACAGGGCUACACGCAUGUACACAGAGAUGCAUAAAGCAUAAAAGCACUUUUUGUGCUUCUCACAUUCAAAUUUGGGAAUCACUGUCGCUUGAGUGUAUCAGCAGGAGAAUCUCUUCAAAUGUUCACUUUUGUUCACCAAAAUGGUCACUGAUUCACUCUAUGUUAGUGCUUUUUUUUGUAUCUCUAAUUUAUACUUUAGUAGCAAACAAGUAAACUUGGAGUUUUUUCUGUGAAUCAGUUCAAACUGAUUAGUGACUCAAUUUUAAAACUGAUUCAAAGAUUUGCUUUGAUCUCUCAAAUUACAUUC